AUGAUCGGACUUCAAAUACUAACAACUUUGGAAGAACGUCAAAAUAAUCAUAUUGAUAUCAAUCAUUUACAAUCAAUUAAACAACCAACAAUGAUUAAAACUUCUAAAAAUUGGGUUCUUCCACCAAGACCGAGACCAGGUCGUAAACCAAAUUCAUCAUCACCUCAACCAAAGCAAACUCAAUCUAAAAAGAAGCAACAAAAACAACAGCAACAAGCUAAUAUUGAUACCACAGCUACUACUAUCACAUCUACUCCUACUACACAACAACCUAUUCAAUCUAUACAGAAGCAAUCUCAAAAUGUCAAUAUUGAAAAUACUUUACAAAAAAUUAAAGAUGAAAAUCAAUACUUGAAGAUUGAAUUAUCAAAAUUAGUUUCAGAUUUAAAGUCUUUACAACAAUUACAAAAAGAUAAUGAAAAACAAGAAUUACAUAAAAAAAGAUGUCAUAGUGAAAUUGAAGAAGAAUUACAUUCAUAUAAAUCAUUAGUUAUGGAUGAAAGUGAUGAUGAUAAUUCUUCACAAAUUUCUACACCAUCAUUAAUGUCAAAUUCUUCAUCAACUGCAAGUUCAGUUUAUUCAUCAUUAUCAUCAAUUCAAGAAGAACAACAACAAACUCUUAAAUUAGAAGAUUUCUUGAAUGUUUCAUUUUUUGAAAAUUCAAAUUCAAAUAAUAUUAAUAUCAAGAAUGAAGAAUUUGAAAUUAUGGAAUUACCAAAAAUUGAACCAUUAGAAUCAAAAUCAAAUAUUGAAUUUCAAUUCUUAAAAAAUCAGAAUCAAAAUGAACAAUUAAAUAAUUCAGAUUUAAAAAUUUUCAAAGAUGAAAAUAAUAUCGAUUCUUUUUUCCAAAUUGCAAAUCAUGAUGUUGAAGAAUUGAUUGAAUGGUGA